UACGUUUAUGAUACUCGGCGUUUCACUGAAGCUAGUAAGAAAGUAGCAUUUAACCAUUUGGUAGUUGUUUCGGAAUAAUUUGAAGAAAGAAAAGUACUGAAAUUCAAAUAAGUUUUGCACGAGUAUCAUUUUAUUGAUACACCAUGCCUCUCCAUCGUUACACUCAUGCGGUUCUAUGCAGAAUUCCUCUUUCGCUUCGUACAAGAGGUGAGGUCACAUUAGACGAAGCUAGAACGCAACAUUUAGCAUUAGCUCAACUUUUACGAGAACUCGACAUCGAUGUUGUUGAAAUGCCACCCGAUGAAAAUUCGCCGCUUUGCGUUUUUGUGGAAGAUAUCGCAGUGGUCUGUAAUGGUAUUGCGCUUAUAGCCCGACCGAAUGAGCCAUCGCGCCUAAAAGAGAUUGAGACAAUUAGAGCAGUCUUAAAGAAAGAGUUAGAAAUUCCACUUAUAGAAAUAGCAGAUAAAAAUGCUCGCUUAGAUGGAGGAGAUGUAUUAUUCACUGGUCGUGAAUUUUUUGUUGGACUAUCUCAUUACACAAAUGAAGCAGGUGCAAGAGCAGUAGCAGCAGCUUUCCCAGAAUAUCCAUGUGUACCUAUUAAGGUUGCUGAAUCAAAACGUCUUAAAGGCUUAGUUACAAUGGCUGGUCCAGAUAUUAUAUGUGUAGGUGCUGGGAAAGAAGCACAAGAAGUAUUGAAGAGAAUUGAGAGGGAAGCAACAUACUUUUACCGAACGUUAACUGUGCCUGAAGAUGUUGCUGCCAAUGUACUGUAUGUUAAUGGUACAUUAAUUCAUCGAUCAGAAGAUGAAAUUCCACAAUCAAGUAAAGUCUUUGCAGAGAAAGUGGAAUUUCCAACUAGAUCUUUACCUAUGUCCGAAUUAGCAAAGGUUAGUUCUGGUUUAACUUCUUGUUGUUUGUUGGUACGUAGACCGAGACAUAUUCGCAGUAUUUAAACCAAAAAAGGAUUGAUAUACUUUAGCAAACAUGUUGAAUUGCUAAGAGUAUAUACUCGAAUCAAAAAAAUCAAGAGUAUGAAUAUUUCUAAUAAGAAAUAUUAUCAUAAUGCUGUGCAAAACCUUUAAUACUGACGUAGCAUUUGCGUCGCUCUAAAACUUUACUAACUACUUCAGUGAAUAGAAAAGAUUAUUUUAUUAAAAGAUUAUCUUAAUAUAAAAGAGAUUUUAUAAUUGAAAAGAUUAAUAUAUUUGAUUUUAACAUAUUUACAGUAGAGGUAAUAUAUCAAUACUUUAAUUAUUUGUAGAUUUAUAUUAUAUAAAAUUAUGAUUUAUAUCUUGCCGUUUACACAAAAAGAUUAUUAUCGUUUUUAAUAUUCUUCAACUUUAUUGUGGCAGCAUUUAUAAACACAGAAAUAUUCUUAUAUAUUUUUGUGAACAUUUUCUGUGUUUGUUCACUAUUUUUUUUUUUUUUUUUUUAUUUAUUUUUAAUAAUUGCUUUAAUAUCGUACUAUUGAUCUUACCAUCCAAUUAAUUCAUUAUCAAAGUCUAAUAUUAAUAAUUCAUAUUGCACAAAAUUACUUUUUUAUAAAGACACAAAAUAUAUAAAAAAAAGUUAAUUCGUAAAUUAUACAACUAAAUCAAAACAAAUUUUUAAUAUAGCACAAAACGAACAAAAUCAUAAAAUUUAAUAAGAUAUGACAUUAUAUGUAGUUAAUGUCUUCUACUUUUGAUAUUUUCCGUUACGUAAUUAAGAAUCAAUUAUUAGAAAUUAAUUGUCAGUAUUCUGAUACCCUUGAAUGCAUUUGCUACUAGUCUAUAAAACGUGUUCAGCUACCUAUUUGAAUAGAGUUCUUCUAUAAUUCAAUGAUAUAUAAAAGCACUGCUAGUUAAGAGUUAAUGUGCUGAUUCACAUUAUAGCAAAGUUACAUGAUUAAGAGUCUACAAAACAGAAAAAAUAAAAUUUCUGUAUAAUAAUAGAUUUCAUAUAUACACAGUAUAUAUUAAGAUAAGCUUGAAAUGUUUUUGGCAAAUUUACAAUGUCUAAAAUAUUAACACAAUUUGCAGUAUGAAGACGUAUGAACAAUUUUUUUUAUAUUUUUAAAAGUCAUGACAAUAUUUAAGUGAUUUACUCAUACUUUUAUAUCUUUUGAUAUACAUGUUUCAAGUUCGAGCAUUUCUUCUUUUUCAAUAAGAAUCCUUUUUUAAUAUGUAAAUAUAUUAAUUCCAUGAAUUUUGUAUUUAAAAAAAAAGCUUUUCGACAAAUGUUUCGUCAUUUGUAACAUUAGGUUUAAUACUAUUCUAUUAUAAUUCCUUUGCAUUUUUUUCGAAAUGUGUAAGGCUACGAAGCUGUAAGCAAAAUAAAAGUUAAAUGCUAGACGUUA